AUGUUAUUCUCUACAGGGAAGUGUAUAACAAAGAGCUGGGUGUGCGACGGGGACAUUGACUGCGAGGACCGCUCAGAUGAAGAGUCCUGUGAGACUGCCAUCUGUAAGCCCCCCAAGUACCAUUGUGCCAACGACACUUCCGUCUGCCUCACACCGGAUAAGAUCUGCAACGGAAAAGUGGACUGCGCAGACCGCUCGGAUGAAGGCCCCAUCUGCGAUAUGUGUCUUGUAGCCAGAGGGGGCUGCAGUCACCAGUGCACAGUUGCACCAGGGAAAGGGGUCGUGUGUUCCUGUCCCCCUGGGCUUCACUUGGACUCCAGUAACAAGACGUGUGAGGUGGUGGACUACUGCAGUCGUCACCUGAAGUGCAGCCAGGUGUGUGAGCAGUACAAGACAACGGUGAAGUGCUCCUGUUAUCCGGGAUGGACGUUGGAGCCAGACGGAGACAGCUGCCACAGCACGGAUCCCUUUGAGGCUUUCAUCAUUUUCUCAAUCCGGCACGAGAUAAGACGAAUAGACCUUCACAAGCGGGACUACAGCCUGCUGGUGCCGGGGCUGAGGAACACCAUCGCGCUCGACUUCCACUUUAAUCACAGCCUCCUUUACUGGACAGAUGUGGUGGAGGAUAAGAUCUACAGAGGAAGGCUCUCCGAGACUGGCGGGGUAACGGGGAUUGAAGUUGUGGUGCAGCACGGACUGGCCACUCCGGAGGGCCUGGCUGUGGACUGGAUCACAGGGAAACUCUACUGGAUUGACAGCAAUCUGGACCAGAUCGAGGUGGCUAAGCUUAACGGAGAUAUGCGCACCACGCUGAUCGCCGGGGGCAUGGAGCAUCCGCGGGCCAUCGCUCUCGACCCGGGCCAGGGGAUCCUCUUCUGGACCGACUGGGAUGCUACCUUCCCUCGAAUCGAGGCUGCGUCAAUGAGCGGAGAAGGUCGACACAUCGUCUUCAAGGAUAUGGAAAUCGGUGCCUGGCCUAAUGGACUGACACUGGAUCAUUUGGAAAAGAGGAUUGUUUGGACGGAUGCACGCUCCGACGCCAUUUUCUCUGCACUCUAUGAUGGAAGUGGGGUCAUAGAGAUCCUCAGGGGCCAUGAGUACCUGUCCCAUCCCUUUGCGGUGUCUCUUUUUGGAGGCAGUGUCUACUGGACCGACUGGAGGACGAACACUUUGGCGAGAGCCAAUAAGUGGACGGGGGGAAAUGUCACAGUCAUCCAGAAGACAAGCGCUCAGCCUUUUGACUUGCAGAUCUUCCACCCCAGCAGGCAGCCACAAGCCUCCAACCCAUGUGAGGAGAAUGAUGGAAGUGGUCCCUGUUCGCAUCUGUGUCUCAUCAAUUACAACCGCACUGCGUCCUGCACCUGUCCACACCUGAUGAAGCUUUCUCCCAACAAACAAUCCUGCUUUGCGUUGAAAAGGUUCCUCCUGUACGUCCGGCGGUCUGAAAUCCGCGGCGUGGACAUAGACAACCCGUAUAUGAACGUCAUGACAGCGCUAACGGUGCCGGACAUAGAUGAUGUCACCGUGGUGGACUAUGAUGCCCAGGAGGAGAGGAUCUACUGGGCUGACAUCAAAACCCAGAGCAUCAAACGGGCCUUCAUCAAUGGCACCCAGCUGGAAACCAUCAUAAAUGCAGACAUAGCCAACUGCCGUGGUCUGGCUUUAGACUGGCUUUCCAGGAACUUAUACUGGCUCAGCUCCGAAAAUGACGAGUCACAAAUCAAUGUGGCCCGCUUUGAUGGCUCCCUGAAGACCUCCAUCAUCCACGGCAUUGAUAAGCCAAGGUGCCUUGUAGUGCACCCCGCCAAGGGAAAAAUCUAUUGGACAGAUGGCAACACCGUUAACAUUGCCAACAUGGACGGGAGUAACAGCAAGGUCCUCCACCAGAAUCAAAGGGAUCCUGUAGGUCUCUCAAUAGACUACACUGCCAACAAGCUGUACUGGAUAAGCUCGACCAAUGGCACUAUCAACAGGUGCAAUCUGGACGGCAAUGGGCUGGAAGUGCUGGAGACUCUAAAGAGGGAGUUAUCCAAAGGCACCGCUCUGGCUGUGAUGGGAGGAAAACUCUGGUGGGCAGAUGAGGAAUCGGCACAGCUGGGAACGGUAACCAAGAGAGACGGGCGCAACCCUGUGAUCCUGAGAAACAAGACGAGUGGGGUUGUUCAUAUGAAAGUGUACGACAGGGAGGGUCAGAAAGGAAGAAACCAGUGCCAGAUCAACAACGGAGGAUGCUCACAGCUCUGCUUCCCAACUUCCGAGAACACCCGGAGCUGCUCCUGCACUGUUGGCUACAACUUGCGUAGCGACCGUAUGUCUUGUGAGGGUGUUGAUUCAUUUCUGAUGUACUCCAUCCACGAGGGAAUCCGGGGAAUGGCUCUUGAGCCAAAUGACAACAGCGAGGCCCUCAUGCCCAUUACUGGAACACUGUUUGCUGUGGGAGUUGACUUUCAUGCAGGCAAUGACACUGUGUACUGGACAGACAUGGGCCUGAACAGAAUAUCCCGGGCCAAACGUGAUCAGACCUGGAGGGAGGACAUCAUCACUACAGGCAUCAGCCGCGUGGAGGGCAUCGCUGUCGACUGGAUCGCUGGAAACCUGUAUUGGACAGACCAUGGUUUCAAUCUAAUAGAAAUAUCACGCCUGAAUGGUGCAUACCGCUCAGUGGUUAUAUCUGAAGGACUUGAUCAGCCUAGAGCCAUCGCAGUACAUCCACAGAAGGGCUAUCUCUUCUGGACUGAAUGGGGCCAGAACCCCUGCAUCGGCCGCUCCCGCCUGGACGGUUCAGACCAGGUUACCUUGGUCAACUCAGGCAUCAUGUGGCCCAACGGAAUUUCCAUUGACUAUGAGGAAAAUACAUUAUACUGGUGCGACGCCCGCACAGAUAAGAUCGAGAGGAUCAACCUUGAGACAGGUGAGAGCCGGGAGAUUGUACUGUCAGUGGCCAACGUGGACCUGUUCUCAGUGGCUGUGUUUGGGCCAUACAUCUACUGGUCUGACAGGGCUCACUCCAAUGGUUCUAUCCGACGUGGCCUCAAGACUGACACCAGCGAGGCUGUGACCAUGAAGAGUGGUUUGGGGGUCAAUUUAAAGGAUGUGACAGUCUUUAAUAGAGGCAGAGAAAAAGGCACAAACCCCUGUGCUCGUAGUAACGGAGGCUGCCAACAGCUGUGCUUCCACCUCGGUAGUGGCCGGCGGACGUGCUCCUGUGCCCAUGGCCGCCUGGCCGAGGACGGCUUUGCAUGUGAGCGCUACGAAGGUUAUCUGCUGUUCUCAGAGAGGACCAUACUGAAAAGCAUCCACCUUUCAGACGAAAACGACCUCAACUCACCUGUCCAGCCUUUUGAAAACCCUGCUUUCUUCAAGAAUGUCAUAGCCCUGGCCUCUGACUACAGUCAGAAUGCAGCUCGGACCAACCGCAUCUUUUUCAGCGAUGUCCAUUUCGGGAACAUCCAGAUGAUAAACGAUGACUGGACAGGAAGAUCUAUUAUUGCAGAAAAUGUUGGUUCGGUGGAGGGCCUCGCGUACCACCAGGGCUGGGACACCUUGUACUGGACCAGCUCCACCACCUCCACCAUCACCAGACAAACUGUGGACCAGACACGAGUCGGAGCCUUCAGCCGGAACGCUGUGGUCACUCUCUCGGAGGAAGACCAUCCACAUGUCCUGGCCCUGGAUGAGUGUCAAAACCUGAUGUUUUGGACCAACUGGAACGAGCAGAGGCCCAGCAUCAUGAGGUCCACCUUAGCAGGCAAAAACAUGAGGAUUAUCGUCAGUUCGGACAUCCUGACGCCCAACGGACUGACCAUUGACCACAAAGCGGAGAAGCUCUACUUCUCAGAUGGAAGCCUUGGCAAAAUUGAGAGAUGUGACUUUGAUGGCACCAGCAGAUAUGUCAUAGUUAAAUCGGGAGCGGGAAACUUCUACGGUCUCGCCAUCUAUGCAGAUUUCAUCUACUGGUCGGAUUGGGCCCGCAGGUCCGUGCUGCGAUCAAACAAGUACACGGGCGCGGACACCAAGGUACUUCGAGCGGACAUACCUCAUCAACCAAUGGGAAUUAUAGCAGUGGCCAGGGACACAAACAACUGUGAGCUGUCCCCGUGUCGACACAUGAACGGAGGCUGCGGCGACCUUUGUCUCCUGACCCCGUAUGGGAGGGUCAACUGCACUUGCCGCGGAGAACGUGUGCUCUUGGAUGACAACCGAUGCGUGUCAGAAAAUUCCUCUUGCAACAUCCACACUGAAUUUGAGUGCGGAAAUGGCGAGUGCAUAGACUACCAGCUAACGUGUGACGGAGUAGCCCACUGCAAGGAUAAAUCAGAUGAGAAGAUGCAGUACUGUGACAACAGGAGUUGCCGGAAGGGUUUCAGACCUUGCUACAACCAACGGUGUGUGGCCAACAGUCGCUUCUGUGACAGGAUCGAUGACUGUGGGGAUAACUCGGAUGAAGCUUUCUGUAGCAAUGUCACAUGCGGAUCAUCGGAAUCAUCGUGCAAGGAUGGGAGCUGUGUACCCAGCUCAGCCUGGUGUAACCAGGUCAUCGACUGUGCCGACGCCUCGGAUGAAAAAAGCUGCAACCACACUGACUGCUCUCACUUCUACAAGCUGGGGGUGACGGAAAAGGAUUUCAUCAGCUGCAACUCCACCUCCCUGUGCAUCCACCCGACAUGGAUCUGUGACGGUGCCAACGACUGUGGGGACUAUGCUGACGAGACCAACUGUCAGGUUUCCCAUGGGCAGAAGUGCGAGGAGGGCCACUUUGCUUGUCCAAGUGGGAACUGCAUCUCCAGCGUUUGGCUAUGCGACGGCCAAAAAGACUGCGAGGAUGGAGCAGAUGAAUUCCAGUGUGGUAAACAGACUAAUCUUACCUCUCAAUGA